AUGAAAUACAUGUACAUCUCCAAAAACGACCCCAGUUUUGGCCGAAUUUACGUGAAAGUGCCUGUCAAAUGGGAUCCCCCACGAUUGGGUGCCUUUAAGCUCAAUACAGAUGGGGCGUGUGGUGGAGUUUCAGGCAAGUCGGUAUUGAGAGGUGUCAUACGCGACCACGAAGGAAAUUGGGUGAUGUGCUACUACUCUGCAGCACCAUGCACAACUCCUUUACAUGCAGAACUACUUGCCCUCAUAAAGGUCCUUCAACUAGCUGUCACCAACAAUAUUAAACUAAUAAAGAUUGGCAUUGAUUCUGUGGAACUAACCCACAUGUUUCAAACUGAUAACGGUCACUAUCACAAUGUUUUGUUUAUUUGCAGGUCAUUGAUGAGGGCGACCCAAGCAAUUCCACCACAUCAUAUCUUUAGGGAACAAAACAUGGUAGCGGAUGCACUAGCUAAACUUGGACUUACGGAAAGGAAUUACGAAGCCACCCACAUUUUGUCUACCCCUCCUCCAUCAGUUGAUGCAUUAGUCCAAGCGGAUAAAUUAGGAACCUCUAGUUUCCAUCUUAUAAACUUAAAAUUCAUUAACCUAGUACGUCGGGAUGUGGCUACUAAUUCUCUUAACUCUACUACUCAGCAUGCACAGGGGCUCACCGCUGUGGAACAUCCUUUUGCUAUAACUUAA